AUGGAGUACCGAGGCUCGCUGCCCUCGGGGCAGGCCGCCGCCUUCUCGGGGCAGCCACAGGACGCUCACCUGUACGCGCCCCAGGCCGGCUAUCAUCACCAGCAGCACCAGCACCAGCACCAGCAGCACGUCCAUCCGUCGCAGCAGCAGAGCCCCCAGCAGAGCCAUCAUCAUGUGCAGCAGCAGCAGCAUCACCAAGGUCUCUACGCGAGCAAUGGUGCGGGCGCUGCGGCGAUGCCGGGGCAGUUCUACGGCGGAGGACAGCCGAUGCAGCAGCCCCAGCAGCCCCAGCCGCAGCAUCACCAUCAGCAGCAGCAGUUCCUCAACCACCACCCCAACCAGCAGUACCCCAUGUCGCCGCAACAGCCACAGCACCACCAACACCAACAACAACAGCAGCAACGGCAGCACCAGUUUGAUCAGCAGCGACAGCAACAGAUGGCGGCGCGGUACGGCGUGGGCUUGAACGGCUACCAGGUCUUCGACGCGGGCGGCGCGACCUUUGCGCCCAUGGAGAUGCAGCAGCAGUAUCCCAAGCAGCAGAUGAUUGCGCCGCAGCAGCAGAUGCAGCACCAGAGGAUGCAGAUGAGCCAGCAAAUGAGCCAAGUCGCCCAUCAUCGACACCAAACUUCGAGUCCUUUCAUGCCAUCCCCGAUCAUGGGGAUGUCGCAGCAGCACUUGCAGUCGCCUGUGUCACGACCCCUGUCCGGGCCGCAACUGCAGCAGCAGCAACAACAGCAGCAACAGCAGCAGAUGCACGCCCAGCAACAAAUGUUUGGCAGCCCUGUAGCCUCGCCCCAGAUUCACCACCAGGCUUCACCCCAGCCUCGUCCCUCCUCGACACGACCUCUGCACCAGCAGCCGCCACGACCACGACAGCCAUCCACACCGCGCGCCCAAUAUCAAUCGCCGACGCCUCAACCACAAAUCCCACAGCAAACACCGCCUCCGCCUCCACCACAACAACUGCAGCAACAACAGCAGCCACCCACGCCGCAGCCGAUCUCGCAGGCGCAAACACCCGUGCCCGAGCCGCAACCGCCGAUACAAGAACUCGAGCAAACAAUACCGCAAGAGCCGUUGCCUCCGCCGCCGCCACCCGCGCAAGAGGAGAUUCAUUUCGUGAACCCGUUAGACAUCCUCCAGGCACCCCCUCCUCCGCUUCCGCCGCCGAUACCCAUGGGCAGCGCGCAAAGCUCAUCCUCCAAGACUCCAGCGCCGGCGGCGCCCGAGCAACCGGCGCCCGAGCAGCCAAAGCAGAAUGACACUAUCCAGGACACCAUCCAUGUAAAACCUCCUAUACCAGGCACGAUCAAACCAUCGCCUGUGCAAACACCCACAACAGCCAAGCCUCGCCCUAGGAAGGAGACGAAAGUUGAACCGCCGAGGAUCAAGUCGAGCCCGCACUCUUCCGUCUCCAACUCUCCUGCUCUGUCUACAAGGUCGCCCAGCAUCACCAAGAAGUCACCUGCGAUUCCCCCGAAGCCGCGGCCUGUCAACACAGGCCCGAUCAUGGUGGCUAUCGCAGAGGAAUGCCUCGACAAGGCACGCGCCUCAGUGCACGAUGUUGCCAUGUCUCUGCAUCCGAAGAGGGUCGACGAGUAUCAGAAGCUCAUCGCCACAAGCCUCUCAUGUCUGGAGGCCACCCUGCAAAACAGCCGGUUAUCACCUCGAGAAGAGGCGCGCUUGAGGUUGCGGUACGCCGCAACCAUGCAAGAGGAGACGGACAACAUCAUGGAGGCAGAGACGGCGCUGGGCAAGGGUAUCACCAUCUGUGACAAGCACCGCUUGAUCGACCUCAAAUACUGCAUGCAGUACUUGAUGCUCAAGGUACUCUUCCAACGCAACAACAAGGCAGCGCUCAAAGCCGUCGACGGCGACAUCUCGGACUGCGAAGCAUUCAAGCACGUACAAUGGUACUACGCCUUCCGCUUACUCAAGGCCACCUUCUACCUGGAAAUGGGCAGCGCCUCCGAUGCCGGCGCCCUGGAGAACAUCCGCUCGCUGCAGAACAUCGCCAACACGCGCGGCGACAAUGCAUUGAGUGUCCUCUCGUCGGUUCUGGAAGGCCUUACCCUUCUCAAGACAUCCAAGGACGGCGGCAUCGAGCGGGUGCAGGCGUGCAUCGCGCAGGCGGCCAAGUUCCAGUUCGAUCCGACGGUCAAGAUAAUGCAGCUCGACAUGCUCACGCUGCUUCUCGACUUUGCGUCCAGCCUGCACCGGCAGAGCCCCGACACGACGGCCCAGAAGCUGCGGCUUCUACAGAAGAGGCUCGACGAGUGCGAGGACUGGCACAAUGUCAAGUCGGAGUUCCUCGUGCCCAUCAAGAAGCAGCCGACCAAUGCGCGAACCGUGAGCGAGGAUACGGCGGCGAUUGUGCGGGCUGGCGACGGCGACUCUGCGUUUGACUAUCUGGUCAUGUCCUUUAUGACCAAGAUGGAGCUGCGGUCGCUCAUUUUUACAUUCAGCGGCCUCGCUGACCUGCACAAACCCUCGUCGCAGGGCCGUCGGUCAACAGAGUUUUGGCGGGAGGGCCUCAAGAUCCUCGACACCUGGGACAGCUCGACGGCAGGCAUCCCGUACGGAGCACCCGUCCCGCUAUCAAUCGCCGUGCGGCAGCGGACGUGGCGUGUCGAGGCGCAGGCGUAUAUCAACGUCCUCCUGGGUCUCAUGGCGGCUAGUCACUGUCAGUGGGACACGGUCAAGCAGAUUCUGGCAAAGCUGGGCACGCUCAUCACGCCUACGACGCAGCCGACGGUGAGAUUACUUUCUGUUUAUUUGUCUGGAGUCUACCGCCAAGGCACAGGGGACCUCAAGGGCGCCCUCGACGUCUUCGUCGACAGCCGCUUCGCGGUGCCGAGGGGAUCGUCGGCUAUCAAGGCUGGACACCAGGAAAUCGCCCUCCUUGCCGGUCUGAACCGGCUGUGGAUCAUGCAGCACCCUUCGUGCCGAAACGACCAAGAAACACAGGACCUCAUCGAGCAGCUGCAGCCAUUCUGCAGCGACCACUGGAACAUUGACCUCCGAACCGCGUGGCACAACGUCGUGGCCGCGCUGGAAACCGACCCUCCUCAACAGCUCAACCAGCAGAAGCAGCACAUCCACGCUGCCAUGGCGGGGUCCAAGAUAACAAACAACAUCCUCGGGGCGGCCGUCACGCUGUGCAUCAUGCGCAGCCGCUUCUUCGAGAACGUGAUUGGCGAGCAGGCGCUCAAGAGCGCGCGGGCGGCGUCCAAGCAGGCGCAACGCAGCGGCAACAUUCUUUGGCAGAGCGUCGCGGACGGCAUGCUGGCACACUCUUACGAGGUGCAGGGCCAGCGGGACGAAUCGCGGCGCGAGUGGGAAAAGGCGACACAGGAGGCCAAGGAUGCAUUUGCGGGGAGUUGA